AACAUUUUACACGGCAGGCUGAGAGGACGCAUAGAUAAGAGCAGGACGAAGACUGAACAUGAAUCCUGAUCCUGCAGCCAAUAUCUCAGAGCUGGAUACCUUCAGUGGGACACCAGGAAAUCGCACUAAAUCUGACACAAAGAGCUGCUCUGACGAGCAGUUAAAGGAACCAGAGUUGGACCCUGUCCUGGGUUGGGCUCCCAGUGGGCGUCGCCUGAUUUCUGGCCUGUUGGGCCUAAACGUGGUGCUGCUGGGAGCUGCCCUGGUAGCUGGUCGGGCUUUUAACCCCUCAGGUCUGAAACAUGAGGAGCCCCAGCUGUUCCUGCUGCUGCUGAUGUUCUUCAGCUUGGUUUGGAUGUUGUGGUACCUGAUGUGGGCCAGAAAUCAACCUGGCAUCUGUCCACAUAAAGACCACCACGCCGGGGGAGUCACAGUCAUAGUGGUCCUCAUCUUUUUUGCCGCAUUCAGCGUGCUGCUCUUCAUCUCUAGGAUCGGUUAUUUGCUCAGUAUGAGGGAGUGCAAACCUGUGGCUAAGGUGGUCUCUCCAUUUAUCGAAGCUCCCUUUCUUGGACUUCAGACUUAUUUACUGUGGGCUCAUUCCAAAGACUGUAUUCACAGACACAAGAUAAUCACCAGGUCUGGUCUCAUGGUGAUGUUCUCAGCUGACCUUCUGCUGUGGCUGAACGCCGUGACAGAGGACACGAUCCAUCAGGAAGUCGAGUUAGAGAAAUCAGGCAGCAGCAUCAAUUCAUCUGAACAUGUAGACGACUCUGACACAGCAGGAUUUGUCAAUUCCACAUUUUGCCAGUGCAGCGUGAGCACAGCCUGCCUCACCUUCAGGAAAGCCUAUGAGAUUCUUUAUCCUUUCAACAUCGAGUAUUACUUAAUGGCCGGCUGUAUGGUCUACGUCAUGUGGAAGAACGUGGGCCGCAGGAUGAGUCCGGGUCCCCAUGAGCAUGUGACUCCCAAGCUGACUCUCCAUGUCAUCUACCAAGGUGGGAUCACAUUUGGACUGGUGUUUGGUGCCCUGCUGCUCGUAGUAGGAGUGAUUGUCUUCAUUCUCUAUCAGAUUUGGGUGAGCCAGCAGGAGCUUCGUUUCACAGCCUUCCUCUUAUUUUACGGCUACCACUUAGCCAUCAUGCCCGUCAUGUCUGUGUGCUCGCUGGUCGGUCUGCUGGUCCACAGGCUGGAGAGGAGGGCACAGGAAAAUGGGCACAACCCCACACGUAGCCUAGAUGUCCUCCUUCUCACUGCUGCUGCCCUCGGCCAGUUAGGCCUGUCCUACUUCUCCCUAGUGGCAGCCUUCGCUCUGGGGACCAGCGGAACGCUGGCAGACCUGGACCUGUCCUAUUCCAUUAUCAGCCUUCUGGAGUUGAUCCUCCAGAACAUCUUUAUCAUCGAAGGUCUCCACAGGCAUCCUCACCUACUGGCCAAGAAGAAAGACAAGCGGCGGAGCAACAUCUUCACACUGAAGAAAAAGGACACCGCCUCAAAGAAAGAGGAGGGGCAGACAAAUGUUUCUCUACUGGAUCGUAAUUUGUCAGCACCCUCUGCUGCCCACGAGCAUGAUGGGAAAACACCCUGGACCAAGAGAGUGAUUCAAGAAAUCUGUGCUUUCCUCAUCCUUCAAAUAUCAUGUGAAGUGCUGCUGUGGGUCAUCCCUGCGUUUGGAGUCCAUCCGCAGUUCGAGAACGGUCUGGGCAAACUGUUUUUUGGCUUCACUCCUUGGUUCAUUCUGGUCAAUCUGGGUCAGCCGCUCGCUGUCUUUAACAGGAUGCACUCUGUAGGAGCUCUGAUGGACUGCUCAUCUCUGCUUAACAUCUAUUGACACUACGCAUAUUUGUUCACUGUCGAACAAGACAAGAUACAAGGAACAUUAUAAAUGUGUAGGUUUCAAGAAAUACUUUAUUUCUUCUGAAGACCUCUUCUUGUCAUUUCAGCAGCAGAAAAUGUUUUCAAGGAGUUGACGAGAAACCAGGACUAAUAUCCCCUGCACCUGAGUUAGGGUUCAGUCUCUUAUCAGUCUCCACUUUUUCUCUAGUUAAAAUAACCUUUACAAUGUCUUUCCAUGUCAUUGGCAAGAAGACUGAAUGAUGUAAAAAGAGGAGCACAGUGAUUUAGACAAAAUGCCACAAAAACAUCCCCUUGUUAUUUAUACAAUUAUGGUGAAAUAACUUUUUUUUCUUGUUGUUGGCAAAAAUAAUUUAUUCAACAUUAAUGCGCUCUGUAACUAUGACCAUUUUGCAUUUCUUCUUUGGUGUCUACUACAGUUUGUUUUUGUGAAUAAUUUAUUCUGUUUCAGAGUUUGGCAGGAAACGUGCCCGCUGGGUAGGUAGGAUGAAGGCAAACUGGUACAUCCUCCUCCAAGGCCUCCAAGGCCUAAAU